UUGAAACCUACUCGAGCUUCAGGGACCGCGUUAGGUACCUGGGUGAUACAGAAAUGAGUGGUGAAAACAUUAAAUUGUUUGUGGGAAACCUUCCUUUGGAUGCAACACAUGAUGAGCUCAACAAGCUUUUUGCUCCAUAUGGAGAAAUCAACACCUGCUCCUUGCUCAGACAGUAUGCCUUUGUUACCCUGAAGGGAGAAGGCGCAGCAGACAGGGCCAUACGACAUCUAGAUGGCAAAGAGUACAGAGGCAGACCCCUGGUGGUGGAAGAGUCGCGUGCACGCCCACCCAACUCCACCAAAAUCUUUGUGGGAAAUCUCAGUGCAACUUGUUCAGCAGAUGAUUUGCAUGGGUUGUUCUCAACUUUUGGAAGGGUCUUGGACUGUGAUAAAGUCAAAGCGAGAUUGUGCUCCAAUGUGGGCUAUGCAUUUGUGCACAUGGAAAGGAAGGAAGAUGCCAUGACAGCCAUUGACGCACUCAACGGGACUACAUUUAAGGGCCGUCAGUUAGCUGUAGAGCUGUCCAAGGCUCAGCCUUUGAUCAACCAGAUUGUGACUUCUGGAAGUGCAUCUUACUCCACGGGAGGUGCCGCUGCAGGUGGCAGAGAGGGUCUUCUUCCGAGACCAUCUGCCUCACUAGAGCAUCACCAGAGUCAAGCAGCUGUACUAGCUGCAGCUGCAGCAGCUGCUGCCGGACUUCCCAUUCAAGUCCAGCAAAGUGUCCAUAACUCUUUCUACAACACCACAGCCUUUGACCCCACGUAUGCUGCUCUGAAGGGCAUUUCAAGUUCCAAAUGCGCAGAUGGUGUAAUAUAUGGUGCUCUUGCCAGUCAGGUGUAUGGGGCUGUGGCUGACCAGGUGUACCAGGAUCUUGCCAAUCAUAAUUCUGCAGCCACUGCUGUUCCUGAAGAAGUAGAGCCUCAGGGCACACCAGAUCCAACAACACUGUUUGAAGCAGCGAGAGCCAAGUUCUUUCAGGAGGGACAGAAGGUUCUGGCAGAGCAGCAAGCAGGAAGGAAGGCCACAACAUCAGAUAAUGAACGGGACCGCAGCCCAAUCAGAGGACAACGAGCCCCACUUCUUCCAGACCCGGUCCCAGGUUCCUUUGCUCAGAUUCGCCCCAAACGUCGUGCAUUGCUCCCCACACCACCUGGAGGAUCUGAAGACCCAGCUGCUGCUGCUGCCGCCCCUACAGCUCCCGAAGGGUCUGAUCCUGUUGCUAGGUCAUACACAGAGUACUACCAGCAGAUGCAUCAGUACCAGCAGUAUCAACAGUAUCAGCAACAAUACCAGUACCUACAGUAUGCCUACACCAAUCCUCCUCCACCCCCUCCUCCACCGCCUCCACCUUCUUCAGUGACGACAGAGGCACAGACCUCCACCACAGCCCCUGCACCCCCUGCACCCCCAGGGACAUAUACUGCACCCCCAGGGACAUAUACUGCACCGCCAGGAACAUAUACCGCACCACCAGGAACAUAUACUGCACCCCCAACCUAUUCUGCACCAGGAUCCUACCCACCACCAGGUACAUAUGGCACGUCUGGAAACUAUGACGGCUCUUCGGGGAGGUAUGAAGCCUCAUCUGGGAGCUACGAUGCUUCAUCUGGGAACUACGAUGCCUCAUCGGGGAGCUACGAUGCAUCGUCGAGCUAUGACACAUCUGGAGGCUACGGGGCAUCAGGCGCAUAUGAUUCAGCAGGAGUUUACGCAGCAGCGGAAAGCUACUCCAAAUCCACACCGUAUGAGCAGACACCCGCACACGGGCAACCCAUGCCCCAGCGCCACGAUUAUCCUUACAACACGCCAGAACCCCCUUAUCGAUAGGUCCACGCCCACACACUCCAUCCACACUGCAGAUUUAUCUGUGUGCGUGCUUGUGUAUUUACAAUAGGGACAGUUUAAAAUCCAGAGCAAACCUGACACAUCUUGUCUUUUUCCAUCAUGGCAAACCUAGUUGCGUGGCUAUCAGUUGGUAAGUUGAGUGUGUGAUGGGUAACGAGGUCUUUGGAUAAGUGGGGUUGUAGGACAGCUGACUAUAGUGUGUUGCCUGGCAAGGUAUUAAAUAUUUUUAUUAGGUUUUAGAGGCACAGGUGGUUCUUUGUUGAAUGUUUAUAAAGCGUCCACAUUGCCUGGAGCAAGAGGCCAGAGUUAAAUCUCAUUCUUAAAAUAAGGCCUGUUACAUAUUCUGUAUAAGAAUGUCCUUAAUGAUUUUUACUUAGCAGAUGACAUUCAAAUUACAUUUCAUAUUUCUUCGCACAUACAAAAACAACUAAAUGGUUUAUACUAAAGUAAACUGUAAAUAAAUGUUUGCAAAAAGGAAAAUUGUA